AUGUCUGAAAAAAUUGACGCCCACACGUCCGGAGCAGACUCGGCCUCUGUCUCCAGAGUCACCUCGCGAGCAAACUCCAAAGUGUCGUCGCUCAACACGUCCAGAGACUCGUCACGAGAGGCCGAGUAUCUGAAAAAGGCUGCCAAGGACUCGUCGCCCGAGUCCAAGAAGCAGGCAUUCAUUGUGCGAACCAUCUGGUCGCUCGUCAUGAUUGUCUUCUUCUUCGCGGUGCUGGCGGCAGGCCACAUCUGGGUCAUUGCCCUGGUCGGCCUCGUCCAGAUCCUGACCUUCAAGGAGGUGAUAAAUCUGGCUUCAGAGCCCGCCAGCGAGAAAAAGCUGCCCUGGGUUCGAUCCCUUAACUGGUACUUCCUCGCCACCACAAUCUACUUUCUGGAGGGCGAGAAUAUCAUCCGAUUCAUCAAGCAGAACAACUCGGACCUGGAAAACACCCUCAACACCCUCUUCCUACACCACCGGUUCCUCUCCUACUGCCUGUACAUUCUCGGCUUUGUCUUCUUUGUCGCCUCCCUGGAGAAGAACCACUAUCGGUUCCAGUUCACCCAGUUCUGCCUCACCCACAUGACCCUGCUGUUUGGUGUCGUCCAGGCUCACUUCAUCGUCAACAACAUCUUCCAGGGUCUCUUCUGGUUCUUUGUCCCCGCCGGCCUUGUCAUUUCUAAUGACAUUUUUGCCUACCUUUGUGGCAUCACUUUCGGCAAGCACCAGCUCAUUGCCAUCUCGCCCAAGAAGACAGUCGAGGGCUUCCUCGGAGCCUGGAUCUGCACCAUCAUCUGGGGAGUCAUUUUCUCCGUCUUCCUCUACAGAUUCGACUACUUCAUCUGCCCCGUUGAGGACAUGGGAACCAACCUCUUCUCCAACCUGACGUGUGUUCCUAACCCCGUCUUCAUGCCUAAGGAGUACCCCAUCCCCACCGAGUUCCUGCGACAGCUCACCCACAAAACCACCUUCUCGGCCGCGCCCAUCCACUUCCAUGUUGGCAUUCUGGCCUCUUUUGCCUCCCUUGUGGCCCCCUUUGGAGGCUUCUUCGCCUCCGGUCUCAAGCGAGCCUUCCAGGUCAAGGACUUUGGAGACACCAUUCCCGGCCACGGAGGAAUCACAGACCGAAUGGACUGCCAGUUCCUCAUGGGCUUCUUCUCGUACCUGUACUACGAGACCUUUGUGUCCAACCAUGUGUCUAAGGUUGAGACGCUGCUCAACACUCUCAUGUUCACCUUCACCCGACAACAACAGGAGGAGUUUGUGCGGCAGUUUUUCGAGUGGGCCAAGAACGAGGGUCUCCUUACUGGCUUCUGCGCCGUUCUUGAAUAA